AGCCGCAUCGCGCCGGUUCUGGGCUGAGCUGAGCUGAGCUGAGCCGCGCUCGCCUCGCCAUGAUUUUCGAUCGCCUCAAACGCUUCUCCAUCGUGCUGGAGGGCGCGGAGCGGGACGGCCCGGCCGCCUUCAGCCCCGGGCAGGCGGUGUCGGGCCGCGUGGUGCUGGAGCUGGCGGCGGCCGCCCGGCUCGGCGCCCUCAGGCUGCGGGCGAUGGGCGCUGCCCGCGUCCACUGGACCGAGUCCCGCAGCGCCGGCUCCAGCACCGCCUACACGCAGAGCUACAGCGACCAGGUGGAGUUCCUGAGCCACCGCGACACGCUGCUGGCACCCCCAGACAAUGGUGAAUCCACCGUCCUGCAGGCAGGAAGGCACGAGUUCCCCUUCACCUUCCAGCUCCCCGAGACCCUGGUCACCUCCUUCGAGGGGAAGCACGGCAGUGUGCGCUACUGGGUGAAAGCCAAGCUGCACAGACCCUGGGCCACAGUGAAGAAGGCAAAGAGGGAGUUCACUGUGAUUGAACCCAUUGACAUCAACACCCCUGCGCUGCUGGCUCCCCAGGCAGGUGCUAAGGAGAAACUUGCUCGUGCCUGGUACUGCAAUCGUGGCCAGGUGUCUGUGACUGCCAAGAUUGACCGAAAAGGCUACACCCCAGGUGAGGUCAUCCCUAUCUUUGCUGAGAUCGACAACUGCACGAGCCGGGCCGUGGUGCCCAAGGCGGCCAUAAUCCAGACCCAGACCUUCAUCGCUCGGGGCACCAAGAAGCAGAAGAGGUCGGUGGUGACCAGCAUCACUGGGGAUUCCAUUCCAGCAGGGAAGCGGGAAGUGUGGCACGGGCGGGCCCUCAAGAUCCCGCCGGUGGGGCCUUCCAUCCUCCAGUGCCGCAUCCUCCAGGUGGAAUAUUCCCUGAAGGUUUGUGUGGAUAUUCCUGGGACGUCCAAGUUGCUCCUCGAACUGCCUCUUGUCAUUGGGACCAUCCCGUUGCAUCCGUUCGGGAGCCGCACGUCCAGUGUCAGCAGCCAGUACAGUGUCAACCUGGACUGGCUGAGCACCAUCCUGGAGCAGCCAGAGGCCCCCCCUGAGUACUCAGCAGUCGUGUCCAGCCCCGAGGCCGAGCAGAGCCUGGCCCCGCCGUGCCGCAGCGAGCUCGGGGACAUCCUGGAAGGUCCCUUCUUCGCCUACAUCCAGGAAUUCCGCCUCCGACCUCCUCCUCUGUAUUCAGAGGUUGAUCCCAACCCCCCGUCCGACGGCAUCCGCCCGCGCUGCAUGACCUGCUGAGGGAAGCGCGUCGGACACGGCUGACAGUGUGGUGCUCCCUUGGGAUGGGAGCUUGCACGCCCUCAACAGCACUUCAGGCUGGAAAUGGGGAUGUGGUGUCCGUGAGACCGGGAGCUCUGCAGUGCCAAGACCCUGGCCCUGCUCACCGACCUCGGCUGCUGCUGUCGUGACUGCCCCACAGACCCACACCCGGCGCCUGUGCCGUGGCCUCGGGCGUGGGGGGAGAACAGGAGGGACCUGGCACUGUGGAGCAGCUCUCUGUGUGGCUGGGCAGGACGUGGAGGGUUUCAUAACUGCCCUGGGAUUUUGGGGUUGGAGCAGGGAACACCCGGCAUGAGCCAGGACUGCUCUCCCCUCGCCUGCAGUGCCGAGCUCCGACAGCUCCUGUGUGAAAAACGUGGAAAACGGGAGCUUGGAGGCGUUUCUCAGGAUUAUGGAGGAUGUUUUGGUGUUGCUCAGGGUUGAGCCCUGGGGCGAUGCGGGUGCAGCCCUUUGCCUGCAGGUCCCUGAGGAAGCCAAAGGCCUUUUUCUGGCCAGAUGAAGCAGAGGCUUUGGUUGCUGCUGAUAAUUCUUGCCACAAGCCUGUGGGUGCCUGCGGGGGGGAAAUGGUUUUGAGCUACUCACCCAAAAUGUAAGGGCUUCCAAGGGCUGUUACCAGGACUUGGGGGAUGAAUUUAUGAUCUGUGGCAGCGUUUUGGUGUCAUUUACCAAGAACAGGAAGGCUGUUUCCCGUGUGUCAGCACCAAACCUGUGCACUGUGCUGGUACCUCCCCUGGAAAACCAGCCCCCAAACUGUGCUACCACCAUGGGGGCUUGCAGCUGUGGCUGGUGGCCUAGGAAAAGAGAAAAAAGCCUAAUCUAAGGUUGGUGGCAGCCACAGAUGCUGAUGGGAGAUGAUGUGGACUUGGAAUGAAUCUUUCAGGGCCAGGAGUCCUGCUCAAAUGGGCUUGAUCCUGUGCCCAUAGAAGGAUCGGUGGCCGUGGUGGGACGAGGACACAGCAGCAACCUGUGCUCCCUGGGGUGGGAACUGCUGUGGAACUGGUGAGCUGGAUGUUGCAGCAGUGAGUGUGUGUGGCAGGGGGUGACCCUGCUCGCUCCAGGGUGACCUGAGCAGAGUUUGGGGGCCGAGGACCUUUGUAUUCCCUCACUGAGACAAUCCUUGGCCGUGCACAUCCAAAGCCAGCGUGCCUUGGGCUCUGCACCGGGGCUGCCUCUGCUCGCUGGGGUUGCUCAGAUGAGUCUUUUCUAUCUGAACACUUUUGUAAUGACCACUCUUGUCUCUACUUGUUUUGUAUGACUUUUUUUUUUUUUUUUUUGUGGGGAAUUUUUGUCUGAAAUAAAUUCCUUAACUAUUGCCUGGA